AUGAAUGAUGGCUCUCAAACCAGUUUUAGGCUGAGUUCUAAUAUAUUGCCAGAGCAAGUAUUCAUUAUUGAGUUCCCUUACCUGCUUAUACCUGAAGUCAGCCAGAUCAAAAUCCAUACCAUGCUUACCCAGAUGGAAAUCUCUCCAGAUUCCAUUGAGAUAAUUAAACGACAGAUAUCCCACUAUGCUUUUGAAGCAGCCUCGUUCUGUAGAGAGGGGAUAGACGACGUUUGUGAAGCCUUUGAUAUCUUCAUAGUUCUUAAUGUUCCUCUCCUAGAAUAUGACACAAGUCUUGAUGAUGACUACGUUGAAUGGUUCGAGUCCAUGUAUAUUGAAGGAGAAGAAGAAGGUUCAAUCAGGUUGGUUCCGGCUUCACCAUCUUCAAUUCAGGCUUUAGAGAUUAAGAAAUUUGAUGAUAUAGAAGAAGACCCUUCUUCUUCUUCAACAGAGACCUGUAUGAUUUGCAUGGAUGAGUACGUGAGAGGAGUCGAUGUUGCACGGUUGCCUUGCUCGCAUCUCUUUCAUGGUGAAUGCAUUGUUAAGUGGUUGGAAUGCAAGAAUUCGUGCCCCUUGUGCCGUUAUGUAUUGCCUUCAGAAGCUUAA